CGUAAGAAUACGAAACACCGCGAGAGAGUUUAAAGGGAGAGAGAAAACGAGGUGUCGCUGGUGGUGGUGGGGGACGUUGUAAGCUUCAGACUCUUCUUCUUCUUCAUCGUCUUCUCUUUAUACUGGAACAUUAAAAAACGUUAUCAACAAACUAGAAGAAUAUUCGAAAUCCUUGCGUUUCUUCAGAAACAAUUAAUCGCCGAUUAUUUGUAGGUCCAGAUUUUUUUUUCCAUCCAUCAACAACAACAUUGUCAUUAAAUUGGUGCUGAAUAGACGAAAGGUGUAUAUGGUGGUUUAGGGUUUUUUGGAAUUCAGAAUGUUGUUGAAGAUUUUCUUGGCGCAAUUUAAAUAGUUUCACAUGAGAUAUGGCCCUUAGGAAGUACCUACCUUCGAGUGAAGCACCUCCUCUUGGUAUGGCACCUUUGAAGAUACCAGACAUCAAGGUGCCAGAGAAAACUCAUUUUGCAGAGGCGGAGACAGCUGGCUCUCCAUCAAUUGACACUGAUGUAGAUAUUGACCUUACAGAAGUUUAUUUUUUGAUUAUGCAUUUUCUAUCAGCUGGUCCAUGUCACAGAACUUAUGGGCAAUUUUGGAAUGAACUACUGGAACAUCAACUUCUACCUAGAAGAUAUCAUGCUUGGUAUUCAAGGAAUGGAACCCGAACUGGUGAUGAGGAUGAUAAUGGGUUGUCCCUCCCAUUAAGUUACAAUAAAUUAGCCGAAAGGUAUCCGCACGUGGGAAAGGAUCACCUGGUAAAGCUUCUGAAGCAAUUGAUCCUGACUACUGCCCCCCCAUCUCUUGGCAUGCUUGGUGGAAAUAUUCCAAAUGCUGCUGAUGUUCCUACACUCCUUGGAUCUGGUUCUUUUUCGCUACUGGGAUCCGACAGGAGAAAUGAAGAUCAGCUAGUCAGCCAUCUCCCUGGUUACUUGCGUUGGCCUCACAUGCAGGCUGAUCAGGUGCAUGGGCUUGGUUUGAGGGAAAUUGGUGGUGGUUUUACUAAACACCAUCGUGCUCCAUCUGUCCGUGCAGCAUGUUAUGCUAUUGCAAAACCGUCAACUAUGGUGCAAAAGAUGGAAAACAUCAAGAAACUUAGGGGACAUCGUGAUGCUGUCUAUUGUGCAAUAUUUGAUCGUUCAGGGAGAUAUGUUAUUACUGGUUCCGAUGAUCGUCUUGUAAAGAUUUGGUCAAUGGAGACAGGAUUUUGCUUAGCCAGCUGCCGCGGACAUGAAGGUGACAUUACUGACUUGGCUGUGAGCUCGAACAAUGCUGUGGUCGCAUCUGCCUCAAAUGACUUCGUAAUUCGAGUUUGGCGUUUGCCUGAUGGGCUGCCGAUUUCUGUUUUGAGGGGCCAUACUGGAGCUGUGACUGCUAUUACGUUUAGUCCGCGGCCUAGCUCUGUAUUCAAUCUUUUAUCGUCAUCAGAUGAUGGAACAUGUCGUAUCUGGGAUGCUACAAAAUCACAGCUUAGUCCAAGAAUUUAUCUUCCAAGACCUAUUGACCCUACAGCUGGAAAGAACAAUGGCCCCUCAUCAAGUACUGUUCCACAGAGCCAUCAAAUACUAUGUUGCGCGUACAAUGCUAACGGAACUGUUUUCGUCACUGGUAGCUCAGAUACUUACGCAAGGGUUUGGAGUGCUUGUAAAUUCAACUCUGAGGACCCUGACCAGCCAAAUCAUGAGAUGGAUGUAUUAUCCGGCCACGAAAAUGAUGUAAAUUACGUGCAGUUUAGCGGAUGUGCUGUGGCAUCCAGACUGUCUACCACAGACACUUCAAAGGAAGACAAUAUUCCAAAGUUUAGAAACUCCUGGUUUUCCCAUGACUCCAUAGUUACUUGUUCUCGUGAUGGUAGUGCAAUUAUAUGGAUUCCAAAAUCACGCAGAUCUCAUUCAAAGAUUGUUCGCUGGGUACAGUCGUAUCAUCUCAAAGUUCCACCCCCACCAAUGCCUGCCCAACCACCUCGAGGUGGCCCACGUCAGAGACUCCUUACAACUCCCCGCGGUGUUAAUAUGAUAGUUUGGAGCCUGGAUGAUCGUUUUGUGCUUGCUGCAAUCAUGGAUUGCAGAAUAUGUGUUUGGAAUGCUCGUGAUGGUAGCUUGGUGCACUCUUUGACUGGCCAUAGUGAAUCUACUUAUGUUUUGGAUGUUCACCCUUUCAACCCGCGAAUAGCUAUGAGUGCAGGAUAUGAUGGGAAAACUAUAGUCUGGGACAUUUGGGAGGGCACACCUAUUCGCAUAUAUGAAAUUGGACGCUUUAAGUUGGUUGAUGGGAAGUUUUCUCCGGAUGGUACAUCAAUUGUACUGUCUGAUGAUGUUGGUCAAAUAUAUGUAUUAUCCACCGGCCAAGGAGAGUCCCAAAAGGAUGCCAAGUAUGAUCAGUUCUUCCUUGGGGAUUAUCGUCCCCUUAUCCAAGAUACCCACGGAAAUGCUUUGGAUCAGGAGACUCAGCUAGUUCCUUAUCGGAGGAAUAUUCAAGAUCAACUUUGUGAUGCAAGCAUGAUUCCAUAUCCAGAACCAUAUCAGAGAAUGUACCAGCAGAGAAGAUUAGGUGCUCUGGGUAUUGAAUGGCGCCCUUCUUCAGUUAAAUUUGCCGUUGGCCCAUUGGACAUCAGUGGCCUUCAAGAAUACCCAUUGCUGCCAUUAGUGGAUUUGGAUAGAAUUAUCGAGCCAUUACCUGAGUUCAUAGAUGUCAUGGAUUGGGAACCAGAGAUUGAGGUUCAAAGUGAAGAUAAUGAUUCAGAAUACAAUGUCACUGACGAAAAUUCUAGUGAAGCGGAGCAAGGCGGUUUAAGUGCCAGUUCUUCUGGUGAUCCAGAAUGCAGUAUAGAAGAUAGUGAUGGCGGAAACGGGCGUCGCAUGUCAAGAAGGAAAAAACACCAGGGAGAUGUUGAGUUGAUGACUUCUUCCGGGAGGCGUAUCAAAAGGAGAAAUCUGGAUGAGCGUGAUGGCACUUUAUCCCGAAGUAACAUAAGCAAGAAAUCAAGAACAGGGCGGAAAGUUAAAGGCAGGAAAUCAUCUAAAUCAAAGUCGUUGCGGCCUCAGAGAUAUUCUGCUCGGUCUUCUACUCAUAAAGGUCCUAAAUGGGCCGCAACAUCUACAGACGACGAAGAAGAUCUAGGCUCAGAGAGCGAUUCGUUGGAAAGUGAAUCAGUUCCGCCAGAUUCAAACAUUGAGAGCAAUGAGUCGGAUGGAUCUUUAAACCAGAGACAUUCUAAAGGGAAAGCUACAAUGUUUGAUGAGUCUGAAAAUGUACCCAAAACCUUUGUACCAGCGGAAUCUCAAGUAACGAAGAGAAGAUUGGUCCUUAAGUUGCCGGCUCGUGAUUCAAAAAGGCCUAUAUCUAUGAUGGAGAACUCCACGCUUGAAUGCGAUAGGCCAGUGAGCAUAUUAGGUUCCUCCUCUAAAACUCCUCAAGCAAUCACUAGGGAAUAUAUCCAAGAUCAGUGGACCUCUUCUGGUAAUAUGAUUGAUUCCCUGCAACGAAGUUGUGGCGAUAUUGGAGUCAGAUUGCCUGGAGAACCUGCAAAAGUGGAGGACCAACUAGACUUGUCUGCAGGAUACAAGGGAUGGGGAGAGGUUAAGACACGGUCAGCAAAGCGUUUUAGGUCAGGAGAUCCCUUCCCAAUGGGUGGGCUCCCUGUAUCCAAGGCAAAUCUUGAGCAAUCUUCAUGCCCCAAGUUAGAAAUGCUAACUAACGACUGUAAGACAGACACAAAGGUGUAUAACAUGGCAUCUACUUCAGGUAGUUUCAAUAUUAUAAUACCUAAAGACCAGUCAUCUGCAGACGACAACGGAACGAGCAAGGGCUCAUCUCUAGUGCCCUGUAACGGGAAUCUUGUUCUUGAAUCUGAAGCCCGACCUGGCCCCAGUGGAAGUGGGUAUCAUGAGGAGCCUCUGGAAGGGCUUAAUUCAGUAAUUAAUGGUAAAGAGGUGUUUAUGAACGGAGCUGACCACUUUCAAGAUGUGAAAGAAAAUAUCCCAAGAGUCUGUACGAAGUUUAAAAUUAGAUCUAGGUGGAAAGAUCAGGACAGUUCGUUGAAGAUAAAUUCCAUUGUUCCAGUGGAAGAAGAUAUUGUAAGUGCAGGAUUUGAUUCCGGGGUUGGAACUGUCAGGGAGCAAAGUCUAAGCUUAGGAUUGUGUCUGGAGGAUGAAGGUACCUGUAGGCGUAGUGUGGAUAACGGAGAUGAGACUGGCUUCGGUAUUAGCGAGUCUCAGACCAGUUUACACGAUUCAAGUAGGUUGUGUUCAGAUAGAGACAGUAAGAUGUUUAGCGCUGUUUAUAAAAGGACAAAGUCAAGUAAGGCCAGAUCUAAUUCUGAAGGUGAUGGUGGCGUGGAAGAAAGUACUUCAAAUGCCAGCAUUUAUAAUCAUGACCAACUAGCUGACUUUCCAGAAGGUGCACGUGGUGGGAUAGACAGAAACGGAUCCAUGAAGGCAAGUAGGUUGGAGCUAACUGGUGAAAAUUGUAGUUUUAAGAGAACAGAAAGUGGUCAUGGAUCAGCUGAGACAUCAUCAAGAAGAGCACAGAAGUUUACAGUGAAAACAAACAAUCAACAUCUAGGUAGAGAAUCGACAUCCAGUCCGAAAGUGGCUGUUGGACUGAGAUCGUGUAGAAACCGCAAAGACAAUCAUCUUGAUUAUCCUUUAGAAGAGAGAAAAUUACAUCAUAAGAUGAACACGCUGUCAUGGUUGAUGCUUUUAAAGCAGGAGGAGUGGUGCCGGUAUAUCCCUCAGAAAGGUGAUGAAGUUGCAUUCUUGAGGCAGGGUUACGAUGAUUAUUUAGAGAGUCCGAAAAAUCAUAUAGGAGCGCGGCGCUCAACAGAACUAGGAGCUUGGAGAUCAUUGAAGGGAGGUUUAAGAGCUGUGGAGUUCUGUAAAGUUAUAGAUCUUGAUUAUUCCACACUUCCUGGUUCGGGAGAUAGCUGUUGUAAAAUUAACCUUAAGUUCAUUGAUCUUCAAUCCGGUGUGUUGGGUAAAACACUCAAACUGACUAUGCCUGAGCCGACUGAUUUUCCGGAUUUUAUCAUCGAAAGAACACGGUAUGAUGCUGCAAUUAACAGAAACUGGACAAUUAGGGACAAAUGCCGGGUCUGGUGGACUGAUGCUGCAAAUGUGAAUGGUGGGAACUGGUGGGAUGGUCGGGUUAUAACCGUGAAGGCAAAGUCUCCUGAGUUUCCUGAUAGCCCAUGGGAGAAAUAUUCCAUUAAAUACAGGGAAGAUCCUACAAGUCUCAUUGACCAUAGUGCUUGGGAGCUUCAUGAACUUGAUAGCCAAUGGCAGCACCCUCAUCUUGAUAUUGAAACACGAAAUAGUUUAUUAAAAGCCUUCGAUAAGAUAGCACAGUCAAGCAGAUCAAAGGAUAAUUAUGGGAUUUCUAAAUUAAACCAAAUCUCACAGAAGUCGGAUUAUUUAAACAGGUUUCCUGUUCCAUUAUAUCUUGAAGUGAUCCAAGCGAGGUUAGCAAAUGACUACUAUCGUAGUGUGGACGCGGUGGAGAAUGACUUCCAGGUGAUGCUUUCAAAUGUCCGAGCAUACUUUGCGAAAAGUGGAGAUAUUCAGAAGAAGAUGGAUCGAUUGUCUGACUGGUUCAAUAAGACACUGUCAUCUUUUCAUUAGGCCCUCCCCCAGCACAGAAGUUUUUUGUAGAAGAAUGAUGAUUCUUAUCUGGGUAUACCUUUUUUCUUUUUUCCUUAAAAUUGUAGAUAUUCUUUAUAUUUUUUGCACUUGUCUUGAAGAUUUUGUAAACAUCUCAUAAAAUUUUGAGUAAAGUGGAAGAGCUGGUGAUGGUGGUUCAACCAGAGAAAAAGAAAUAUCAUUUAUGUAUCUUUUACAAACAAAUACAACAUACAAAAUGGACUCGU